AUGCUCAGUUUCUCCUCCCGGUACGCCCGCUGGUUACCCAUUCUCGCCGGCGCAGCUCUUAUAUUCAUCAUCUUGGACCUUCAACACCUCCGAAAAGUCGGCACAGGAUUAUUUAAAGCGGAACCCUUGGAAGUCAUCAUUGAACCCGACCACAAUUCGAUAAAGCCUUCAAACCAGACAGUUCAACCCGACCACAAAAUCCCCGCAUCGGCAUCGGCGUGCCGCCCACUCCCGGGCAUUGAAGAUGUACUUGUUAUCGUCAAAACAGGAAUAACAGAAGCACUCGACAAAAUACCAGUGCACGUCCGUACAACACUCCGCUGCAUUCCAAAUGUCCUUAUCGUAUCCGAUUUCGAAGAAGAAAUUGACGGUAUCCGCACCCACGAUGUUUUCCGCAACAUGAGCAACUCGGUCCGAGAAAACAAGGAGUUCGGACUAUACAAUCGCGCCCGAAAUCAUGGUCGCGCCGGCCUCACAGAGCAAGACUUUGUAAAAGUCGCCAAUUCCGCAGCUGGAAUGGGUGAUAAUCCGGGCUGGGCGCUGGAUAAAUGGAAGUUCUUACCGAUGGUAGUAGAAGCGCGCAACUACCACCCAACUGCGAAAUGGUAUUUCGUGCUGGAAGCAGAUACAUACCCGUUUUGGUCAAAUUUGCUCGUUUGGCUUGAGAACUUCGAUUCGUCUAAGAAAUGGUAUCUCGGGAAUCAAAUGAUGAUUAGCGGCGACGUAUUUGCACAUGGUGGUUCGGGAUUUGCCUUAUCUAACGGUGCUAUUAAUGCUGUUGCGGAUGAGUACACGAAGCGUAUGGACGCAUGGCAUGAUAGGACCAUGGCUAGUUGGGCUGGAGAUUGUAUGCUGGGCAUCGCGCUGUUAGAAAUCGGUAUCUCCCUGACCUGGUCCUGGCCACAUGUGACUGGUCAAUCUGUGUGGGAUCAAGAUGCUGUGAAUGAGGCAUAUGGAGAGAGACCCUGGUGUCAUGCACCAGUGACAUUUCACCACAUGACACCUACAGAUAUCGAGAUGAUGUAUAAGUUUGAGACUGAAUGGUUUUCCGACAAAAACCACUCCCAUCUUCUAUAUAGUGAUGUCUUUUCUCGCGUUGUUCAUCCAAGGCUUGCAGAUCGCCUGGAUGACUGGGAUAACAAAGCUGGAACCGAACUAAUAAAAGAAGGCGACGAGGAAGCAAAAUGGACUCUGUCUGAAUGCGCGGAAGCAUGCGCUCAAGACACGAAGUGUAUACAAUACAGCAUUGAUGAGGCUGGUACAUGCAAGACCUCUGAUCUUAUCCUUCGUGGCGUUCCUUCACCUGGUGUGACGGCUGGCACUAUGAUGUGGCGUGUGGACUCCAAAGUACACUCUCUGGGAGAGUGCGAAAACCCUGAAUGGGUGAUUCCAACUUGA